AUGUGGAACUAUCUCAAGCCAGCCGACUCCAUCAUCGAUCUCACUUCGGACGCCGAAAAGGACGAGCCAAAGCACGGCGAGCCAGCCGACUCCAUCGUCAAUCUCACUUUGGACGCCGAAGAGGACGAGCCGAAGCACAGCGACCAUCUCAAGCAGGCUGCGCCCAUCAAGCUCGAGAAGACAGUUUCCACGAAGCGGCGCCUCACGAGCAAAAGGCCAGUUCCAGAGAUGGACACCAUGCCGAGUGACGACCUGGUCGAUGCUCACAAGCGCGGCAAAGUUAUUUACAGGGAGAAGCGGGCCCCCCACCAGAGUCACGGGAAUUGCCGUGGGCUACACGGACCUUGCCUCAUGGGGCGCAACGGAGCGGCUGCACCAGCAGGACCUUCCGGGCUCUGCGACCUCUGCAACCUGGAGGACAUCCAGCUGUUGCACGAACAUGGUGAAGGUCGCUUAACGCAUCUCCUGCUUCAGCUUGCAGAGCCGGAGGCUUCUGUGGCACUCAAGCGCAUCCACGACAAGGACGCGGCCAUCGCAAAGGUCGAGGCCUCGCCGGCGAGCAAAAGCUGCAGCACUGAAGUCCCAGGCGUGAUGUCAACUGCACCCACUUCGAGACUCGCUGCUUGUACUGUGUACAUGUGUUCUAGCACACAACUUGCCUCUGCCGGAGCCUUCCUGCUAAGCUUUCUCGAGUAUUCCCCGCCUCUUCUCAGCAUCAUGGCCGACGGAUUGCUCGGUGCCUCGACCUCUGCUCCGGCUUCUAAGACCGGCGGGGACACUCGUCGUGUCAAGUUAUAUCCAUGGGACUCGACCGCAAGCCAACUACUGGAACCGUACGGCGAGUCGGCGAUCAGCUCAUUGUCCUUGGCCGACCUGUGGAAGGCAGUCAACUCCGGGAAUAAGUCCGCCAUGUACCAUAGCCAUCUGUGCGCUCCGGUCACCGAUCAAUGGCACAUCGGUGCAGGCAUAUCGCUCACGGCAGCGGCCUUGGAAGCUGCCGCCGCAAAUUUCAAAACGGAGUACAUGCAGCAGCUCAUCAAUCCCCAGUACUACGAGAAGAUCAGCACGGAGCUCGUCGAGCUGGAGCCCGUUUUCAAAGUCCUCAAUCUGGGGAAAGGCAGUCAAGUCGAGAAGGAUACUGGCAGCUUCAGGGCGGCCAAACGAUCCCGGCGCGAUGGUCCCAAACCAGCCCCAGUCACAGAGGCGGAGGUCCUCGACGCUGCCCGCAAGAUGUACAAGUGGCUGGCCAAGCCAAGCUCUGCCUUCCGGAGUUUUCUGUUCAUCACCUCGGCCGGCAACACAUUUUAUAGCGGGCAUGUCGCGGAGGUGGUGGCGCGGGCGGCAAUCAGCCACAAACCGAUGCGCGAGGAGGACUUCGUCACGGCCAUGCAGGCUCGCUUACAAAAGCCGGCAGCAGAGCCCGAGUCCAGUGCCAAGCCCAGCUCCGACGCCACCGGCUUGUUCUGA